AUGUUUCAAAAACUGGAUGAAUACUAACCUCUAAAUUAGUUUGAGAAUUAUUAAAAAUGAAAUGCUAAGUAAUCUUUUUAAUAAAUCAAUCACUAGCAAUUGCAUGAUGAUUUCUGAGUAGCUAACAUACACAAUGACCUUUCUAGCUGCAACACUGGCUUUACUUUCAAUGAUAUUAGAUGUCAAGCUAAAUAUAUCAACAACUACUCGGGUUAUAACAUGUUAACUGAGAGCUUACUCACCUAUUUGUAGAUAGGAGAUAUGAAGUAUAUCACUCUGAAUGAUGGUCGAAAACUUUGCCCUGACUGUCGUAACACAGCAGUGCUGGAUCCUAAAGACUGUAAGCCCCUUCUUGAUGAAGUGCACAGAUUUUUCAAAGGAUUAAACAUGAAAAUCAGAUAUUAUAUUCCAAUUCUUUUAGUUGAUCAAAAAGAGAUGAUCGGAAACGAUGACAAGAGCUCGCUUGGCUUGACUGUUUAUGAGAAAUCUAAAUUGGACUCCGUAACUUAUGUGUCAAGGUCAAUACAAAAGGGUGAAAAUAUUGAAGUGGUGAAAGAAGUAGAGCACCUGGUUCCAGGACGCAAAGUGAAAGCGAUGCUGCUUUUAUAUGGCUUUCCAAAGUUGGCUUUGGGAGCAACUUUGGCUCAUGAAAUGAUGCACGCGUGGAUGCAGAUUCAAGGCUAUAGAGGGCUGGCCCUAAACAUCGCAGAAGGUAUUUGUGAAGUUAUGGCUCACAAGUGGCUAGAAUGGCAAUCUUUUACUGGUGAUGACUUUAUGAAUGGUGCAAGUGAAACAGCUCAGUUUUUGAGAAAUUUGAAAGAGUUUCUGAAAGAUGGAAUAGAGAAAAGCUAUUCUGAGGCAUAUGGUCAUGGAUUUAGAGAAGCAAAAUGGGCAGUUGAAAGGUAUGGUUUAAGAUACACACUGGACCAUAUAGCUCAAACACGCAAGUUACCUGAAUGACCUAUUUUUCAGUCACUGUAGCUUUGUUUCUAUGUUAAUUCAUUCAUCUUUGGGUGGCAACUAAUGGCUCUUGGAUGAACAUUGCUGCGAAACACUUGUAAAAGAAUUUAUGUACAUAAAUUUGUGACUCCAAAGUCUGGUCCUGAAAGAUUUGGCUAAUACAAAUUGGAGUGAGAAAAACCUCCUGCAGUCUGUGAAAACUCAACACAGGCACCCUUUCA